AUGGCUGAGCCAAAAGACAUUGAACCUGAGCAAACACCCAGCUCUCCUGUGUGCGAAAUUGUCUCGACCCCUAGCGAGAAUGAGCCAACAGAGGAGGAGCUUGCGACUUUGAGAAAGGUGGCCGGUAAAUUGCCAUGGUCGGCAUUCCUCGUUGCUAUUGUCGAGCUGUGCGAGCGAUUCGCGUACUAUGGUCUAAAUGGGCCGUUCCAGAAUUAUAUGCAGCAUAAGUACAAGGAGCCCAGUGGGGUUCCUGGAGCGAUUGGGCUUGGCCAAUCCACAGCAACGGGACUUAGCAGCUUUUUCCAGUUUUGGUGCUAUGUCACUCCCAUCAUUGGUGCUAUCAUUGCAGAUCAGUACAUGGGAAAGUACAACACCAUUGUAAUCUUUGCCUUGAUCUAUAUCUCCGGCCUCAUUGUUCUGUUCUGCACAGCACUUCCUGUUGCCAUUGAGAAUGGAGCGUCCCUUGGUGGUUUGGUAGCAGCAAUGAUUAUCGUUGGGCUUGGCACAGGCGGAAUCAAGUCCAAUAUAUCCCCUUUGAUUGCCGAGCAAGUGACUGCGACAAAACCUGAAAUAAAGACCCUAAAGUCCGGUGAAAGGGUUAUCGUUGAUCCUGCACGCACUGUGGAGCGUGUCUAUAUGAUUUUCUAUAUGUGUAUUAACACUGGAUCACUGGCUGCAAUCGCAACCACGGAACUAGAACUACACAUUGGAUUCUGGGCUGCCUACUUGCUUCCUCUUUGCAUGUUUAUUGCUGGGUUCGUCGUACUGAUUGUGGGUCGAAAACUCUAUGUUGUCCGGCCACCAAAAGGCUCAAUCUAUCUUCGUGCCUUCAAGGUCAUGUAUAUUGGCAUGAAAAAUGGAGGAAACCUAGAUGCUGCUAAAAGCUCCUCCCAGCGGCACAACGGUGGACGUGUAUUUCCCUGGGAUGAUCAGUUCGUGGAUGAAAUGAAACGAGCCUUGGUAGCUUGUCGAGUUUUCAUCUAUUUUCCUAUCUACUGGGUUUGUUACCAGCAGAUGGUGAAUAACUUUGUGUCUCAAGCCGCAACUAUGCAACUUCAUGGGAUUCCCAACGAUAUUAUGCAGAACAUUAACCCUCUAGCAAUCAUCAUAUUCAUUCCAAUCUGUGAUAGGAUCGUUUAUCCUCUGCUGCGUAAGAGAGGUAUUAAGUUCAAGCCCAUUACACGCAUAACCACGGGUUUCCUAUUCGCCUCCAUUGCAAUGGCUUAUGCCGCUAUUGUGCAGCAUCUCAUCUAUAGUAGCCCCCCAUGCUACAACACUCCUAUGAAAUGCGAUGCGAGCAAGGACGGAAAGUUGCCAAAUCAAGUCCAUGUUGCCAUCCAAUCUCCUGCAUAUCUUAUGAUCGGUCUCUCUGAAAUAUUCGCUAGCAUUACUGGCUUAGAAUACGCCUAUACGAAGGCGCCUCCUUCCAUGAAAUCAUUCGUCAUGGCCAUGUUCUUGCUCACCUCUGCAUUUGGUGCUGCCCUUGGUAUGGCCAUAUCCCCUGUCGCUAAGGAUCCUAAACUUGUGUGGAUGUAUACUGGAUUGUCUAUCGCAUCGGCGGUGGCCGGCAUUAUUUUCUGGAUCCUCUUCAGUCGCUACAAUGCUAAGGAGGAAGAUAUGAAUGCUCUGGCAGAAAAGGAGUUACGUGAAGAUAGACCAGUUGCUGCAAAACAAAAUUCCAUCAUUUGA